UCGGUGUACUCAGGAGUUUGUACAGAGAUCUUCAAAAGAGAGUGUGUGAUCUUCCAGAAACCAGUCUACUGCUUUGUUCAUCUGAGCAUUCAGGAGUUUCUGGCUGCAGUCUACAUGUUCCACUGUUUCAUCAGCAGGAAGACAAAGGUGCUGAGAGACUUUUUGGGGCAAAAGUACAGUGGGUCAUCUCUGGAUGAUUUUCUCAAGAUAAUCAUAAAGAAAUCCCUCCAGAGUAAAAAUGGCCACCUGGACCUGUUUGUCCGCUUCCUUCAUGGCCUCUGUCUGGAAUCCAACCAGAAACUCUUAGAAGGUCUGCUGGGUCAGACAGAGAACAGUCCAGAAACCAUCCAGAGAGUCAUCAAAAACCUGAAGAAGAUGAACAGUCGUAAAAUCUCUCCUGACAGAAGCAUCAACAUCUUCCACUGUCUGAUGGAGAUGAACGACCUCUCAGUACAUCAGGAGAUCCAAGAGUUCCUGAAGUCAGAGAUCAGAUCAGAGAAGAAACUCUCUAUGAUCCACUGCUCAGCUCUGGCCUUCAUGCUGCAGAUGUCAGAGGACGUUCUGGAAGAGUUGGACCUGCAGAAGUACAAAGCUUCACAGGACGGACGACUGCGACUGAUUCCAGCUGUGAGGAACUGCAGAAAGGCUCGACUGAUAAACUGUGAAUUCUCAGAGACUCACGGUGCAGUUGUGGCCUCAGCUCUGAAGUCUAACCCCUCCCAUCUGACUGAGUUGGACAUGAGUUUCAACAAGCUGCAGGAUUCAACAGUGAAGGUUCUGUGUGCUGGACUGGAGAGUCCAAACUGUCGACUGGAGAGUCUGAGGUGAGUUCACUGACUGCAA